CAUUUUGCUCACUUGAUCGUCCAUUGCAUAUUGUCUCAGUUCUGUUUUUCAAUUCGCAAAAUAAAAUUUAUUCUUUUACCAGAAAUUUUAAAAUAGUUUACUAACAAAAUGUCUGCUCCACUUGAAAAUCUAGAAACUCAAUUGGAAAUGUUUAUAGAAAACGUUCGUCAGAUUAGGAUUAUAGUAAGCGAUUUCCAGCCCCAGGGUCAAAAUGUCUUGAAUCAAAAGAUUCAAGGAUUAGUGACUGGCCUUCAAGAGAUUGAUAAACUUAAAAAUCAAGUUCAAGAUGUAUUUGUGCCCUUCGAAGUAUUCGAUUACAUUGAUCAAGACAAGAAUCCACAAUUAUACACAAAGGAUUGCGUUGAGAAGGCAUUGGCGAAGAAUGAGGAAGUCAAAGGCAAAAUUGAUGCUUACCGUAAAUUCAAGGCUAACAUGCUGCUAGAACUUUUUAAGACCUUUCCGAAUGAAAUGAACAUGUACCGCGCCUAUCGUCCAGACUCAAUUUAAUUUAAAUUAAAAUGAAAAAAUUAAGUGCUACUUUGUUAUUUUCAUAUAAGUCAGGAAAGUUUUACAUACAAUUUAUUUUAGUUUUAGGCUUUUAAUAAAUGAUAAUAAGAAGAGCUA